UGUUUGUAUUGUUUAGGAAACGAUGUGUUGAUUGAUUUGAUUGAAAUUAGUUGUCAAAUAAGUUUGACAUUAAUUGUGUGUAUAUUUGAUGCGAUCGUCGGUUAAUGGGAUUUAAAUGAUAGCAAAUAUGAGUGAAAUAACAAAUGAAAACUUUGAGCAAAUGUUUCCCAUAAUUAGGGAUCACAUAAAGCACUCGUCUUUCAUAGCGUUGGACACAGAGAUGACUGGAUUGGUGUACAACAAGACGUGUACUCCGAGUCUAUUCGACACUUUGGACAAGAGAUACGACAAACAGCGACAGUCGGCCACUAAUUUCAUUGUCUGCCAAAUGGGACUCUCGUUGUACUCCAAGAACCAGAACUCAAAUUCUUACCACACGAAGACGUAUACCUUUUAUCUAUGUCCGCGAUCUCUGCAAUACCGAAAGCCCACCUUCGCUAUGGACUUGUCUGCCAUCGAGUUCUUGGCGUACAAUCACUUUGAAUUUGAUAAAUUUGCGAAAAAUGGUAUCAAUUAUUUGAAUGAAAUUGAAGAACAGAAUCUGAGAGACAAUUUUGACGACUAUAUGGACAUUGAUUUUAUUGAGUGUCCAUUCAAUUACGAGAACAGUAGUCAUCAGUUAUCCGAGUGGUUAUCCAACCGACUCGUCGAUAAAAAUAGUGGCAAUCAAUGUGUGCUUAAAUGUCGUCCAACAGUCAAUCCAUUACUUAAUUAUGCAUUUUUGAGAGAAUUUCGCAAAAAUUUCACCACUGUUUGGGUCGAAGAAAUUAAUGACAGAUUUGUUGCCAAACCAAUCGAUGCCAACCAAAGAACUCAACUCUUGAAAGCGGAACACUUGGAAAAAGAGCGGGUUAUCGACCGAAUGGUUGGAUUCUCCAGAGUUUUCCAAUGCUUGGUUGACGCCAGACGACCCAUUGUUGGCCAUAACAUGAUUAUGGAUUUACUUCUCAUAUAUCACCACUUCUAUCAACCCCUCCCGAACAAAUUGAAGGCAUUUAAGACAUCUCUUCAUUCAUUAUUUCCAUAUCUUUUUGACACUAAAUGUGUAAUAUUUAAUGAGAAAAAGAACUUAUCGGAAUUGUCGCAUAUUUUCAAAAAUUCUUCUUUGGGUGAUAUUUAUACGAAAUUAUUGGACGACGAGAUCGUCAAUAGUUAUACAAAUUUGCCUAAAAUUGAACAAUUGGAUGAUCAAAAUCACAAAGCAAUCGAAAAAGUGACAAGUAUUCUGAUGGCAAAGAAAGACAGUUCUUUAGUUGUCGAUGGGAUUCCAAAUCAUAGUUGGUUUGAAUUAUUGAAAACAAUUGAAAUCCAUUGCAACAAAAUCAAUAUGAUUCGCGCAAAUGUUCAUUAUAUGUGUAUAUCAGGAGCCGAUCCUUCGGGCUCUAAAUCUCAAUGGCUUUUCGCGAAGAAACGUAAUAAAGACUCGAAAUUUUUAAUAUCAAAUUUGACGUCUAAACUGUCUGAAAAGGGAACGGCAGAUAUCAAUGUGAUUGACGAUCACUCAGUAUUGAUUGCAACAAACAGUCACGGAAUGUAAGUUUGAUUUCAAAUUAUAAAAUUUAAAGUUUUUUAAUCCUCAGUUUCUUAUAA